AUGGUUGCCGAAGCCACUGCCAUCACUGAACUUCAAAAAAAGGCUCUUCGUAAAGCAGCUUCUGAGACACCUUUUUUGGUUUAUGAGUUAAAAAAUGAAAUUCCCUCUUUUGAGGAAUUUAUGCGGAGUUAUGAGCAUGAUGCUAAUUUGAAUUAUGAUGAUUUAAAUAGUGGUGAUAUCAGUGAAGUUAAAGGAUAUGGACCUUGUAAGAAUUCUAGUUGUGAUUGUUAUUGUUCUGCUAGUGAGUGCAUUUGCAAUAAUUACUCCGAUUAUGGUCAUGGAGGGCAUAGUAAAAAGUCAGUAAAAAUUACCGAGAAAACUAGAAUAAGGGGGUUUCAACACUUAAUUCAUACUGAUGGAGAUGUUUCAGUUAGUGUUGAUAGUAGUCUUGAAGCACAUAGCAUUAGAAGUUCAGCAGGAGUAAAUGCAGGAUUGGGCGGUGUAAUAGCCAGUGGAGGUGCUAGUUAUUCAUUGCUUAGAACAGAUGGUCCCAAUAGAGGUGACGAAGCUAGAGUUUUAAGUGGCACUAUUGGAGGUGAAGCUGGAGUUGGCCCGGGAGGUGCUACGCUUGGAUAUACAUUGGCUGCGGAUGUGGUAGGUCUUUUAGUUGCUUUACUUUUAAAAACAGAGUUUAUUCGUCCUCCUUGUCGAUACUGUGUAUCGCCAAAAACAAAGAAAAAAGAAAACUCCGGAGAAAGUGAAAAGGUAAUCAAAAAACCAAAGAGCCCGACCGAGUAUCCCCCAGGUAAAAAUCCUGCUGAAAGUGAACAAUUUAGUAGGAAAAACUUAUUAAGCAAGGAUAAUAUGAAUGAGUUAGAAAAGUUAUUAAUCCCUGAGGGAAGCCCGAAAAGAAAAAGAAAGAUAUUAACUGAUCCGGAAAGAAUAUUUGCGAAAUGUCACACUUGUCAAGAACCCGGUAAUUUAGAUAAUAUGUUGCGAAAACCAACUCCCACCAAAGAUUUAAGAGGGGUGGAAUUCGAAGAAUUAGACAAAUUAAGAGAGAGAAUUGAAGAACUUAAGAAAAAGGUUAAAAGCAAUCCAAACAGCCUAGACAAAAUUACUGACAAAAUAAACGAAAACCUAGUCGAGAUAUUCAAGUACUUAGAAGCUAGCGAAGAAAUUAUUCAACGAGAAGCCACCGAACAUCCCAAAAUUUCAAAUUCGGUUGCUGAUUUGACCAAAAGCAUAACUGAUUUAGAGGACUAUUUAAACGAUUUAGAAAUAAAAUACCAAGCAUUAGAAGAGAAAACCAAAAAUGCAAAAAUUGCUUACGGAGUAGGUGGAACUAUCGGAGGAGUAGUUGGGGCGUAUAAAGAUUUAAUGCCCAAGCAAGCCAAAAAGCAUGAGAUAUUAGGGGGAAUUAAAGUUACCGAAAGAAAACGAGCAGAAAGAUUAAGAAAAAAGCAAGAGAAGUUUGGAGAGAAAGCCGAGUUAAGAGGUUAUAAAAGCUAUGGUAAAAUUCAAAUCAAAAAGACUGCGAUUAUUUGUCCUAAUUGUGGGAAAGUUGAGACUGAUUUAAGGAAAUAUUUUGAUGAAAAAGGAGAAUUAAUUGAAAAAACUUGUGAAAUAUUUACUUUGGAUAAUAAGGAAGUUUUGGUAGAAGUAGUUUGCCAUGAGUUAGCCCAUGCUUUUUUAACUGAUAUUGACCCCAAAAGCCAAGAGAUAGAUGGAGGACAUGGAAAAAAACACGAUGAAUAUACUGAGAAGUUAAGGAAUUUAUUGGUUGCCAAGAUAGAUAUAGGGAAAAUUUCUUUACUUUUACAAGAGCAUUCUACUUCUAAAACUUUAAGGGAAAUUGUCAAGUAUAGCAAAAGGGCAUUAGACAGUAAUGACGAUAAAAAAGUAUUUAAAUUAGGAACUGAUUUGGCUUAUGAACUAGAUAUACUUGUCAAUAAAACCGGCUAUGUCAAGGACGAAACAGAAAAAAAGUUUUGGUUAGAGAUAUCUAGAGAAUUAUUCGAGAAUACAAUUGGACAAAAAAAUUACCUUUUAACUCCGUUAGACGAGAUAUUUAAAAACUCUUUAAGUGGUGGACGUGAAAAUCCUUACAUAGCUUUAAGAAUAGAUAAUAAGAACUUGUUUUUUUUAAAGAACAGACCCACCGAACCUUAUUAUUUGGAAAAACAAAAAGACUAUUUAUUCUCACAUUUGUUGAAAACGGAAAUAUUAAGCAAGUGGGAUAACCCAGCUAAGUUAGUGGCAGAACCCAAGAAUAGAAGUUUAGUCGCCUUGGCUUUUACCCAUGAGAUAGUAUUGGGAAAAGUUGAUGUUCCUUUACUAGAUUUAGACCCGAACAAGAAAGAUAAGGACGGCAAUUAUAAGAUUAAGCAGGAAAAUAUUUAUCACCAAGACACAGGAGAAAAAAUUGGUGAUUUGUUAAGUCAAGGUGAUUUAGUGGCUUUGCCGGUUGGUUCAGAUAAAAAUAGACAAAAAAGUUUGCUUGCUGGGGAUAUUGAGGAAAAAGUGGAAGAGUUAUUGAACGGGGUUUAUUUGAGUUUGAAUGAAACUACUAUUCAGAAACCAAGGAAUAGAAAAAUGCCAGUGAUUAGGGAAUAUUCCACAAAAAAACAGGUGGAGAAUACCGGAAAUCAGAAAAGAAGUGUUGUAGAAGCCAUGAAUGAUUACCAAAGAGAAUGGGCUUUUAAUGAUUUGGAGAUUGGAAACACAUUAAAUGUCUGUUUAGUUCAGGGUUAUAAGCAUCAGUUUUUAACCAUUACCAACGAAAAAGGUGGCACCGGCAAAUCUACUAUUGCCUUUAAUAACUGUAAAUUAGAAGGUCGUCAAGUUUCCACCGACCCCGCUACUUACCAAAUCAUUGACACCGCAGGAAGUUCAGAACAACGCCAAGGUUUAGUUGAAUUAAAAGAAAUCAUUACUGAGGAAAAGCAAGGAAAGAUUGCUCCAACUUUAUCUAAUCGUCCCGCUCUUUAUGGAACUCUUUUAAAUGGCAGUAAAGAUAACUUCUUUGCUCGGAAAGAGCCGAAUUUACCUCAGCAGUCUUUUAAAGCCAAAUUUACCGGAAUUCAAGCUAAAGUAUAUUUUCGCUGUGAUACCUUUUUAUUGGAGAAAGUUAAAAAUACCUUAACUAGUCAGCAUUUAGCCGGUAAUUAUGAAUAUCCUAAUCUCAGUAAUUUUUUUCGUUUGGCUCUCCAUGCUUACCAGAAUGGAAUGCCUUUAACUUACCAACGAGAGUUAAAUAAUCCUAAAAAGGAGAUAUCUUUUCGUCUCACGGAAGAACUAAUGACUUUUUAUAAUUCGUUGCCGUUGAGUUCGAGAACGGAAAUAAUGGAACGGGCUUUGGGGAAGGAAAAAAAUCUUGCUUCUCAAGAGGAAGUUGUUAAGGUAUUAGCAAAAUUUCAGCUUGCUUUCGAUUGUCCUCAUUGUCAUAAGGAAAUCAAUGAGGAACAUUUUAAUAAGGGAGAGAGAAAUUUUCAACUUAUCAGUGAAAAAGUAAGAAAAUUGGUAGAAAACGAAGUUUAUUCUCAGAGGAUUUUAUAUAGAAAUCAGUGUCUAGAAGAAAUAGAACAAACUAAAAAGUAUGAAGAAUUUGCUGGUUUUUUAAAGUUAAAGUUUGAAAGCGAGAAACAGGUUAAACUAAUUGAAAAACUACAAAACCAGUUCCAAGAGCAAGAGAAAAAGUCUAUCUUGGAAUUAGCCAAAAAGACUGAAGAAAUUAAAAAUAAGUAUUCACUCGAAAAAGAUAAUUUAAAAAAAACUGUUGAAGAAUUAAAUAUCAAAUUGUCGGGGGUUUAUUCUUCGGACAAA